CGGGCGGGGCGGGGCCAGGGCCGCCGCCAUGCACCGCCGAGGGCCGGCCUGCGGGCUGCUGCUGCUGACCCUGGUCCUCUGCCGCUCGCACCGGGCGCGUCCCCGGAACGUGCUGCUGCUCCUCGCGGACGACGGAGGCUUCGAGAGUGGCGCCUACAACAACAGUGCCAUCAGCACCCCGCACCUGGACGCCUUGGCCCGCCGCAGCCUGACCUUCCGCAAUGCCUUCACCUCUGUCAGCAGCUGCUCCCCCAGCCGAGCCAGUCUGCUCACCGGCCUGCCCCAGCAUCAGAACGGGAUGUACGGCCUGCACCAGGACGCCCACCACUUCAACUCCUUCGACGAGGUACAGAGCCUGCCGCAGCUGCUCGGCCGAGCCGGCGUUCGCACGGGCAUCAUUGGGAAGAAGCACAUAGGGCCCGAGACGGUGUACCCUUUCGAGUUUGCGUACACGGAGGAGAAUGACUCCGUCCUCCAGGUGGGACGGAACAUCACCAGAAUUAAGCUGCUGGUUCGGAAGUUCCUGCAGACUCGGGAUGACAGGCCCUUCUUCCUCUACGUCGCCUUCCAUGACCCCCACCGCUGUGGGCACUCCCAGCCCCAGUACGGGGCCUUCUGUGAGAAGUUUGGCAACGGCGAGCGCGGCAUGGGGCGGAUCCCAGACUGGAACCCGCGGACCUAUGACCCACAGGACGUGGUGGUGCCUUACUUUGUCCCGGACACUCCCGCAGCUCGAACUGACCUGGCCGCUCAGUACACCACCAUCGGCCGCAUGGACCAAGGGGUUGGACUCGUGCUCCAGGAGCUGCGCACAGCAGGUGUCCUGAAUGACACCCUAGUGAUCUUCACGUCCGACAACGGGAUCCCCUUCCCCAGCGGCAGGACCAACCUGUACUGGCCGGGCACAGCUGAACCCUUGCUGGUGUCAUCCCCAGAGCACACGAAACGCUGGGGCCAGGUCAGCGAGGCCUAUGUGAGCCUCUUAGAUCUCACGCCCACCGUCUUGGACUGGUUCUCCAUCCCUUACCCGAGCUAUGCCAUCUUUGGAUCAAAGCCUGUGCGGCUCACUGGCCGGUCCCUCCUGCCGGCGCUGGACGCAGAGCCGCUCUGGAACACUGUCUUCGGCAGCCAGAGCCACCACGAGGUCACCAUGGCCUACCCCAUGCGCUCCGUGCACCACCGGACCUUCCGCCUCGUGCACAACCUCAACUUCAAGAUGCCCUUUCCCAUCGACCAGGACUUCUACGUGUCGCCCACCUUUCAGGACCUCCUGAAUCGCACUGUGGCCGGCCGCCCCACGGGCUGGUAUAAGGACCUCCACCGUUACUACUACCGGGAGCGCUGGGAGUUGUAUGACAGGAGCCAGGACCCCCACGAGACCCGGAACCUGGCUGCCGACCCCCGCUACGCGCAGGUCCUUGAACUGCUGCGGACCCAGCUGGCUAAGUGGCAGUGGGAGACCCAUGACCCCUGGGUGUGCGCACCUGACGGGGUUCUGGAGGAGAGGCUCUCCCCCCAGUGCCGUCCCCUCCACAACGAGCUGUGAGCAUCCUUGGGGGCACAUGGGUGGCUGUCCCAGACC